UACUCAAUGCAAAUGGCAAUUCCAUCAAUUUUUUUUGUUCCUUUGGUGAUAUGUUUUGGAAUAUUUUUAGUUGUUGGGGUUAUUGUCCCAGUUGAAGGUGAUUCUAAGCCAAGGGCUUUCUUUGUGUUUGGUGAUUCACUUGUUGAUAGUGGUAAUAACAAUUAUUUGGCAACUACUGCUAGAGCUGAUUCUCCUCCUUAUGGAAUUGAUUAUCCAACUGGUAGACCCACUGGUCGAUUUUCUAAUGGUCUUAAUAUUCCUGAUCUUAUUAGUCAAAAAUUAGGUACUGAAUCUGUGUUGCCAUACUUGAGUCCACAAUUAAGAGGCGAAAAGCUUUUAAAUGGAGCGAAUUUUGCAUCAGCUGGAAUUGGCAUUCUAAACGACACUGGAGUUCAAUUUCUAAAUAUAAUCAGAAUGUAUAGACAAUUGGAUUACUUUGAAGAGUACCAACAUAGAGUGACCUCUCUAAUUGGAGCAGCUAGGACUAAAAAAUUGGUUAAUCAAGCAUUAGUCCUCAUCACUGUUGGUGGUAACGAUUUUGUAAACAAUUACUAUUUGGUUCCAUAUUCGGCUAGGUCUCGCCAAUAUUCACUACAAGAUUAUGUCAAAUUUCUCAUCGUAGAGUAUCGCAAACUCUUACAGAGACUAUAUGAUCUAGGAGCACGCAGAGUGAUUGUUACAGGGACUGGACCAUUGGGUUGUGUUCCAGCAGAAUUGGCUAUGCGUGGAAGCAGUGGAGGAUGUUCUGCUGAACUUCAAAGAGCUGCUGAAUUGUACAAUCCUCAAUUACAACACAUGAUACAAGGACUCAACAAUAAAAUUGGCAAAGAUGUUUUUAUUGCUGCAAAUACAGCACUUAUGCAUAGUGAUUUCGUUACUAACCCCAAAGCAUUUGGUUUUGCUACAUCGAGAAUUGCUUGUUGUGGACAAGGGCCAUACAAUGGAAUUGGGCUGUGCACACCACUCUCUAAUUUAUGCCAAGACAGAAACUUGUAUGCAUUUUGGGAUCCAUUUCAUCCAUCCGAAAAGGCUGGCAAACUUAUUGUGGAGCAAAUUAUGUCAGGUUCUAAAAGAUACAUGCAUCCAAUGAACCUCAGCACUGUCCUAGCAUUGGAUGCUACCACAUAACAACUAUCACAUGUUAUCUUCUUUCUUCUUCUUCUUCUUCUUCUUCUUAAUUCUUCUUGUUGGACUUGAGAUUUGGUUUUAAUUUGUAUCAAGUGUGUGACUUCCAUGCUCUUUAGAGUUGUGAUUUCUUUAAAUAGUUCUUGAUGAAUUAAAUAAUUGAUAGUACUUA